GCAUCCUGCAUGAUUGAAAUGUGGGCUGUAACUUAACUAGCUGUUGAUGUUAGCUAGCUACGUACCUAGCUCUCAAGCUCAAGCUUUAAAAGUAUAUACAGCAGUCAGCAGUCAGUAUAAAGUGACGCUGAGCUCUAUCUAUACCAAGCAAUGCCAAUGGAUAGGGAAAUUGCAAGAUCGUUUCUGGACUGGUCCACAGAGGAGGUAGCAAAGUGGCUGAGCACACUGGGUCUCUCACUCGACUAUUCAGAGCAGUUUAAAGAUCACCGGAUUACUGGAGAAAUCCUCAUCAAGCUAAACUCUGCUGCUUUAGAUGAGUUACGGAUCACGGAGGGAGGUGAUCGAGUUAAGAUCCUCCAACAGAUCACCACAAUGCGAGCUGAUCUCAUCAUCGACUCGCCUGCUCGACGAGUGAGAUCACCUGCUAAGUUGAGACGAUUCAGCGAGACUCUCACACGAACAGCCUACUCGCCCAACCACAGGCUAACCAGGCCCAAGUACAGCACUGGUACUUUGGACCAGCGUACCUUCUCCCCCACUAAGAGAGGCCACACUCCUAUCAGCCCCAAAUACAUGGAGGGCUUCACUCACAUCUCACCGGACUCCCUGAGCUUGGAGAGCCCGAUCAGCUCUGGGAUGAACUCUCCUACAAAGUUCCGAAGUCGAGAUGUCAGUCCCCACGAGGGUGUGAGUGUGGAGAGGAGAGAGAGGGAGCUGGUCAACAGGCUCAAGGCAACUGCCACACUACGAAGUCACAACAUGAGGAGGCUCUCCAGGAGUCUGGACAGCUUGUUUCAGGAAGGGGAGGACAUAUUCAGUAUCUCGGCUAAAGCUGAGUUCCAGGAGAACUGCAACUCACGACUGGUAUAUAUCCUGAGGGAAGAAAACACAGCUCUCAAGAGAGACUUGGAAACCUACUACCAGAGAGUCAGAAAGCUGCAGAAAUUGGAGCAGGAGAUUGAGCACAUACGCGAGGGCCAGUGGAUGCUGGAGGCAGGCACCAACAGGAGGGAGAAGCUUGAAGGUGCUCUGAGGACAAAGCUCGAGAAACAAGUCCGUAGCCUCAAGGCGGAAACUGUUCACCUUAAAGCUGAGCUUCACAGGAACAAAAAGCAAGAUGGGAAAGGAGAUAUCAAGAACGGGGAGGUGUCCAGCCCGAGCAGGUCUAAGGAGAUACGCAGAAGAGACACCAUGAUCAUGAGACUAAUAAAGCAAAAUAAAGAGUCCGUGGCUGCUCGUGAACAGUUAGAGAAGGAUCUCCAUUCCACUAGAAUACAACUCCAGGAAUGGGACAGAGGUGAUGGAGCUGGUGGGGAAUCUACUUCCGAUUCCCAUACCGAGAGAAUCAAUUCUGAGACAGAAAAAAAGAUGUCCCAGAUGUACUCCCAAAGCAUAGACAAGCUCAAGUCAGUGCUGUCGGCCAUGCAGAGCAUGAGUGCUAAGAGGGAGAAGCUUGAGAAACACUUGAGAGGGCAGCUGCUGGCUGAGAUCCAGCGACUCAAGGGUGGCUCAGUGGGUGGCGGGAGUAAUGGCAUAAAGAAAACACCUGCAGACCUCCUUGUAAAGGUUGCCACUCUGGAAGCUGACCUAAUCAAGUGGGAGCAAAGGUGUCUGGAACUGGUGGCAGAGAAGCAGAUGGCGUUGGAGGCUGCAGUCAUUCCCAGGGACUCUCGUAUGGAGCAGUUGGAGAGGACAGUUUCAGAACAAACAGUGACCAUUCAAGAACUUUGUCACCAGAGAUCCUCGUACAUAUCUCAACUCACCGACACAAACAAGAAACUGGCAGAACUCGAAACAAAAGUCUCCUCUUUGCGACAAACUGUAACCGAGAAAGAUGCUGUUAUUCAAGCUCUCCAACAUUCGUUCCUUGACCCGGAAGACCUGAGUCAAGACGAGUAUACAUUCAUGGGCUCACCCGUUCUACACCACUCUCCUGUAGCUGCCAAGAAACUAGGGUUCCCUCUAACCGGAGCUCAAAUGGAUAUUGACGGCACCGUAUCCCUUCCUGGCGACAUCACCUCGAGUUACCCCAUCUUCCCACAUUCUCCACCCACGAGAAAGAGAGGUCUUCCCAACGGUGCAUACGCCGCUAGAGGACACAUGAGUGAGAAUCUAUCCCCGGUACGAAGAUACUCCGACAAAGGGGUUGCAGUUGGUCCUCGAUCCCUGUCCCCUGUAAAAAGAACAGCUCCACCUCCUAUGUACAUGAUGAAGGACCCUCCAGCUUACGGCAGUGGUGGAAACGGGUCCCCCAGUCCUCAUUACAACAAACUGAACUAUCCCCUCCCAGUAUCAAACUCAGCUCCCAACAGUCCAAACAAUCGUACUGGAUUGAGGAGGGGUCGAACCUCGCAUCCCAACAUGCACUUCCUGCAAGUACCCUCCUCCAAAUCUCCUCCUCCGUCUAGCCCUUGGAAACCACCCUUUGAGAAUGGAAAAUCGAAUUCAGGGCCAGCAGAAAUGAGGAGAAACCAUUCCAAGCCUCCCCUGUCACCCAACCCUGCUGCAGACAGAGCAGUCAAAUCAAAAACUCCACCCCCAAACCACAAACUGGUUUCAUUUUCUUCGUCCACUACUUAUAAUCUGUCCCAGAAGCAACGUCAUCACUCAGUGGAUGAUGUGGUCAAAGAUCGAUCCACGUCCCUUGCCAUCAAAAAAGGAACACCAAAUUCUAUGGAACUAUUCAAUUCUCUGCUUGGUGAUAAUGCACCUCCUCAAUCUCAGAGCGAGUACAAGCAAGCUAUGCAUACGGGCGGAGUCAGGGAAAGGGGGGUUCUUCGUCAAGGUCAUCAACAUUCCAAAUCUUCACCUAGCUCCGAGAGAAGGAACUGUUACACUAUUGUAAACUAGUUUCUAAUUUAUUGAUGCUCAGUUUCAUGUCAAUUAUCGUUCAUGCAUGUAACCCCUCACAGUAAUCUUCUUAGUCAUGUUUGUUCAACCGUCAUACAUGUAUAUUCACUCACACAUUUUGCACAAAAGAAAAAGUACAUAAAAAGA